UCAGGUCAUUCAGCCGGAAAAGGAAAGCACAUGGAUUUAAGUGUUUACAAUGUCCAUUUAACGUCAAAUUCACCGGGUGCGUAAAUAUGUAAUUGCAAAUUGAUAGUGCUAUUCAGCUGUAGGAUAUGUAGGUGACUACGUGUGUCGGCUCGAGUAGUGGACGCCAGCCAAACUAUCUCUGUCGCAGCGUCAGGCCACCCACCAUCUGUAACAGUGAUUGACCGAAGAAGUGGGACAAGGGAACAGAUGGCGCGUCCAAGCUGUCCGACAGGGACAAAUAGCCUACUGAUGAAACAGUGUCAAGAUUGAACAAAGCGGUCUGUGUCAAUCAUUGAAAGGCUUGUAAUAUAUAUAUCAUUUAAGACAAAAAGAUGCGGGAGCGGUUUGGAUACCAAAAAAAUUGUCGCGACUAUUUCUCGACUGCCGACUGCUAGGUUUAGGUUAUCUCUUUUGCGCGUUGGCAGCCUAUCGAACAACCGACUGCCAGUGUAAAGUAUAGCUUAAUCCCGUUUGACCGUCCCAUCAGUCGGUAAACAAUGGUUGACAACCGUUACGCCACGGCGUUGGUCAUCGGCUGUGUCCUUAGCAUACUGGCCACUGUUUACCUGUCAGUGGCGGUCGGGACGCAACACUGGUACCAGUACACCAGUCCCACGGUGCGCGGGGAGGCUAACGUUUCCGAACUGCGCACUCUGCAUGACGAGUUUAUGGAUGGGGAAUUUGACGAGAAAACCUACAGCGACACUGUAUUUCGUCUCAACGGGACCAUGGGCCUUUGGUGGCGGUGUGUGCUGGUACCAGCGCACACCCACUGGUACAAGGAACCAGAUGCGAAGAUGGAAAUGGAGUGUGUUAGCUUUACUUUGCCACAGCAGUUCAUCCCCAAGUACAAAGAACCAGGGAAUCACAACAGUGGGGAAGACAUGUUGCGUACUUACCUAUGGAGGUGCCAGUUUAUCCUUCCACUGGUGUCCCUUGGUAUGGUUGUGCUGGCUGGAUUGAUAGGUUUCUGUGCCUGCCUCUGUCAAAGUCUUGCCCCCACAUUGGGAAUAGGAGUACUCCACCUGUUGGCUGGGCUUUGUACACUAGCCACAGUAUGCUGCUACCUGGCUGGCAUGGACCUCCUUCACAGGGUGUCAGUGCUCCCCGACAAGGUGGAUGGAUCUCUGGGCUGGUCCCUUUACCUGGCUCUUAUCUCCUCACCACUACAUAUGAUGGCAGCAGCACUGCUGGUGUGGGCCGCACGCAGCCACAGCCAGAACUACUACCGCAUGACAGCUUACAGGGUGGCUUAAGAAGCCCAGUCACACCCCAGAGAAUUGUUCAGCGAUUUGACCAUGAAUGUCUAAUUCCAAACGAAACUCUGCACCCAAUAUCUUAAAUAAUUGACUCUAAACGUGGUGAAAAAGCUCUCUAUAGUACUAGUUGGUAAUCAAGGAUGGGCUGUAUGUUCAGUUAUAAUUUAUUUGAUGAUUUUCAAAUGCUAGGGGGAAGAGAUUGGUUUGUAAUUGGACCUUGAAGUGACCCAGAGGCAAUGAAGCCUGUUGGACCUAAUAGCAUAUGAUUGUUUACAUACCAACUACAAGCAGUAUUCACAGACACAUUUGAUCCGACAUAUACAAUAAGAGCUAACAUAGUACAGAGAUCUGCUUCCUAAGUCAUUUUAGUGUAGCACUUUCUUACUUUGUUUUCUCCAUAACAUUGUUAUGGACAAAUAUUUGUAAUUGUGAUAAACGUCUUCAAGUAUUAUUUCACUAUACUUACCAGGUGGGACUACACAAGAGUUACAAUAAGUUACAAUAUUAUUAUCUACAGAGACAAGUGAUCUAACUAAGAGACGGGAGAAGUUCAAAUAUUAAAGUACAUAUAUUUUACGCUGAUUAUCUUUAGAGAGUUUGCUACGUAAUUAAAGUCCUAAAUGUUUGCUUGGAAUAAUAAGAUAAUUGUUUUCUAUUUUCAAGGAUAUUCUUUUUUAUAACUUAAUUUGUUGGUUUUCCUGUGGUAUUUAUUUUAGAAUGUAGGACUACACAUGCCUAGAGUGGAGGUUGUGACAUUGUUUAGAUCGUUUUUCCCCCUUCUUGAAUAUCUCCAUAUUCUGCAGUAAAAAUGGUGUGCUACAGAAGUUUGCUAAGACACUUCAUCAAACAUCAUACAUGUGUCUCAUGGAACCCCUUAAUAGUUUCCUUAAUGGCAAAAAAAUAAAAUGUAACAGUCAAAGACAUUCAAAGAUUGAAGUGAGAUUUGUAUAGGCUUUAUUUUUUAUGAGCAAUUUGAAUGAUUUAUAUGUAUGUGGUCAAAUGUGUUGUUUUUCUGUUCACAUCAUUUAGUACAAUUAGGUACUAAUACUUUCAUGUGAAUGUCAUACAACCAAAAUUAUUUUAAAGAUUAAAUAUGAGUAUAAAUGAGUCUCAAAAAAAAUGUCUCUGCAAGAGGCAACGCGGACUGCCAAGUCUAUCAUGUAUUCAAAAAUAAGAAGUAACACCAGUCGUGAAGUUUAAAGCUGCAUUAGGUCAUAUAAAAUACAUUGAAACAUGAGAAACAGCUCCCCCAAUUUCAGUCUUGCCCCCAACUUCUGUGCUUUCCUCCAGCUUGAGUUUGAUUGACUUGAUUGGUUUCACAGAAUAAGGAAGAAGGCCUGCCCUACCAAAGGCAAUUGGCUGGAACAGGAUUGCUGGAACAUAAUUGGCUGGAAAGUAGCAGGCCGCUCCAAAACGAUAAAUUGACAGGCACUGAGCUGCCUGGGUUGCAAACAAUUCUCAGAGGGCCUAAUUAGCUUACACAUGUUUAUAGGGGACAAACCCUUUCUUUAUUUUAGUGAAAUUAUAUUAUCUAUAGUAUCUUUAAUAACAUUCAGGCCUGAACAAGUCUGGGUUUAUGAAAGAAACUAGACCUCAUAGCAAGCCUUAUUAAAAUGCUGUACUCCUUUAAUAAUUACAAAGAUUGUAAUCUAUAUCCAGCAAAUAAAAUAUAGGAAUGUUCCUGUGUAAAAUGUCACUAAUAUUGUUUGUGUCAUAAUUGUAUGGAUCAGUGAAUCAGUGAAUUCUUCAGUGAAUUUACUGUCAAUGUAACAUGAGGUAACAUGUACAUUUUCAACUGUACAUUGAGUAGUGGUGCGUGUU